GAAUGGCGGCGUCUAUAGUCAGAGGAGUGGAAAAAUUAAACGCUUCUGCUCGACACAAAUGCAUUGCACGUUCAAUAAUAAGAAGGAGAUUUUCCACAUCAACGAAUCUGAACAAAGCUUUGGUUCUGGGUGUGUAUGAGAAUGAUUCAACUGACUCCAUUGACUUUACUGGUACAGCUGGAAAAUUCAAUGAAAAACUUGAUGGGAAAAUUGCCCAGCUUUUGCUCAGGGUCAAAAAACCUCUGAAAGGUGGAAAAACUAGAACAUUACAUGGGGUGGACUCGGAGUUUUCUUCAGUGAUCGUCACAUGUAUUGGGAAAAAGGGAGAAGGCUACGAUGAACUGGAAACCGUAGACAAAGGGAGAGAAUCUGUACGAGCAGCAGUGGCAAAGGCUGUUCUUGAGUUGAGAGAACUGGGUGAGAACGAGAUAGAAGUGGAUCCUUGUGGUGAUAUUGAAGCCUCAGCAGAGGGGUGCCACCUAGCUCUGUUCUCUUACGAUGAACUGAAGGCAGAAAAAAGUAGAAAACCAACAGUGUCAGUGUCCGCUGCCUCACGCUUCAGCCAAGACAAAGGCAACAUUGAAAAGGGAUGGAAAAGAGGUACAAUUUUAGCUGAUGGACAAAAUCUCUCCAGGCGUCUGAUGGAAAUGCCAUCCAAUCUUCUAACACCAACAAAAUUUGCAGAAAUUGUCAAAGAACAGUUGUCUUCUAAGUGUGAUGUCAUUGUCAGGGACAAAGCCUGGGCAGAGUCAAUGAAGAUGGGAUCAUUUUUAUCAGUAUCGAGGGGAUCUGUGGAGCCUCCUGUUUUCUUAGAGAUAGAGUAUAAAGGGAAACAAUCAGACAGCCCUAUAGCCUUGGUAGGAAAAGGCGUCACCUUUGAUACUGGUGGAAUCUCUAUAAAGCCCUCACAGGGAAUGGAUGCCAUGAGAGGAGACAUGGGUGGGGCUGCUUGUGUGGCUGGUACUCUCCACAGUAUUAGUAGAUUAGAGCUCCCUGUUUAUAUUAAAGCAUUCAUCCCUCUGUGUGAGAAUAUGCCAAGUGGAUCUGCUACCAAGCCUGGUGAUGUUGUCACAGCCAUGAAUGGAAAAACUAUACAGGUAGACAACACAGAUGCUGAGGGGAGACUAAUCUUAGCUGAUGCAUUAUGUUACAGUGAACAGUUUAAUCCUUCAUUGAUCUUAGACAUGGCAACAUUAACAGGUGCUAUAGAUGUAGCCCUUGGAGCAGGUGCAGCUGGUGUGUUUACAAACUCCGCAACCAUGUGGGACAAACUUCAAAAGGCCAGCAUAAAGACAGGGGACAGAGUAUGGAGAAUGCCAUUGUUUAAUCACUAUACCAAGAAAAUAACAAAAUGUCAGCUAGCUGACCUGAAUAACAUUGGAGGCUCGAGGUCAGCUGGUGCCUGCACAGCAGCAGCUUUUCUCAAGGAAUUUGUGACCAACAAGAACUGGCUACAUAUAGAUAUUGCAGGGAUUAUGUCAAACGAAGGAGAUGUAUCAUAUCUUGGAAAGGGCAUGUCAGGACGACCAACCAGAACUAUAACAGAGUUUAUCAACAUCAUCAGUAAAGAGUCUCAGUAAACUAAGAAAAUGCAGCUAUUGAUAAUUUAUUAAAAACAUUGAUAGUAGAAGCCUGCAGACAUAUUAGAAUAUAGUAAAAUUAUAUGAGAUAGUAAA